UAAACAACGAUAUUGUCGGUGAUGGAGUACGGGAUUUACUGUUUCCGCUUCGCUACGAACAUACAUUUCAUCAAACUAGAGCGAAUCCAAUAUUGUUGUUUGCGUACUAUUUUGGGUUACAUGCACUCGACUCAUAAGAUGAGUCUAAAAAUGCUAGCAGGUGUCCUUGCGCUGAAAAAUCGAUUUUGGGACCUCUCAUAUCGAUUGCUCAUCCGAUGCGAUAUCUUGAACCCGUUAGUAAUUGCAAAUUCCGAGAGGCUUGUCAUACUCAAUUCUCAAACCCGAUUUAUAUCCUUGUACUUCGAUUACAUGGCACAAAAUACCAAUCGUUCUUCAUAUUAUCCCAAUCGUGUCAAUCUCCCCCAUGCUUCUGAUUCAAGCGUAUUCUUCGACACAUCCAUAAAGUGCGAGAUUCGACAAAUCCUGAAUCACAUACGUCCGCAAGUGAUCUCAUGUAUCUUUUAUAGUAAAUUUCGAGAAGUCGACUGCAACUAGAUGUUUCACACCGACGGGUCAAGCCUCGACGGCUCCACUGGCUUCGGUAUAUUCAAUCAAAACCUCACAGCCUCAUUCAAACUCAACGAUCCUGCUUCAGUUUUCGUCGCCGAACUUGCUGCUAUUCAGUAUACUCUUGGGAUCAUUGAUACUUUGCCCACCGAUCAUUACUUUAUUGUGUCGGAUAGCCUCAGCUCAAUCGAGGGUCUCCGUUCAAUGAAACCUAGAAAGCACAUUCCAUAUUUUCUGAAGAAAAUCUGGGAGCGCCUGCAUGCUUUGUCUGUAAGAUCGUACAAGAUUGCCUUAGUUUGGGUUCCCUCGCAUUGCCCCAUUCCAUGUAAUGAAGAAGCGAAAUCUUUAGCUAAGGCGACGCUUUAGAAGGUGAUAUAUAUAUGAAAGACCAAUCAGCUUCAGCGAAUUUUUCAGUAUUACUCAUCAGAGAACCCUCGAAAGUUGGCAAUCUUCAUGGAGUAAUGGAGAACUUAGAAGGUGGCUAUAUUCGAUAAUCCCUAAGGUAUCGAAGAAACCAUGGAUGUGGGUCGGGAUUUCAUUCAUGUGAUAUCUCGGCUCAUGUCCAAUCACUACACUGGGCUCGCAAAAAGCGGUAUCUGCGCCUGUGGUAACGGUUAUCACGAUAUCGAACAUAUUGUCUGGGCAUGCGCCGAGUACUGUUCUGCCAGAUCUCAACUAUUGGAUCCCCUUUGGGCUCGAGGAAGAUCACUCAAUAUCCCGGUUCGAGAUAUACUGGCAAGCCGCGAUCUGCUCUAUAUGUCCCUCAUCAUUCUAAGAAGUGCCCUCUUCCGCCUACCGUACUGCAACGAUGGUUUGAUGGGACUCCAAGACAACACAAAAUAUCUCUGUCGAAUGACCCAACAAACACGAGACCUACAGCACAACAUCACACGCGCAAUGCGCUGUGUUGCCGAUCUGCAUCUGAGCCGUACUACGAAAUCGUCUGGAGAAACCCCUACCGGCUCGAGGAAGACCGCCCGGCGUCCCCAUAUGGGAACUGUGGGUAAGACGGACAGGUGGGGUAGGACGGACACAUGGUUAUUUUAGGGAUAUAACAUUAAAACUUCAAUUGUAUUGUAUGUGUACUCUAUCAUUAUGGGUAACCUUGAAUUAUGAAACACUUAGUAGGCCUUGAAUACUGCUAAACGAAUACAAUUUAAGCAAAUAUUGAUAAUCGGUAGUGCUGUUUUGUGCGGAUGUAAUUUAAAAGUUUCCGAUUUUAAGGUUUAUCGAUGAAAAAAUCAAUUCUUUCGCGGAGUUUUUCCUUUGUUUCGAUAAAGUAACUUUUAAGUGACAUCUUCGUGGAAAAUAACAGGUAAGUUUAUUUAUGCGUGA